AUGUUUAACAACUAUAAUAUGAAUUUAAAACAAAACGAGCUUUAUGAACAGUUGUAUGAAAAGCUUCAAGAUAAUUUAAAAGAAGAAUUCAUUUAAUUGAUUGAUGAAUAUGAAUCCUAAAUAAAUUAGCAUCUUUUUGAAUAAGAAAAGUUGUUAGAUCAAAUAAACAAUUUGUAAUUGUAAACUCAAAAUAAAUUAGAUUAAGAAUUAGCUAAGUAAUGUUUAUUUCAAAUAUAAAUUAGUAACUUUGAACUUUAAAAAUAAAUAAACUAGUUGAAUGAAUAAUUAUAGCAACAAAAUACCUAAAUUUCAUUUUUAAAUAAAUCGAUGAAAAAUGUAUAUAUUGAAUAAUUAGACUUGUUUUCUCCUAUUAAAGCUCCUUCACUCUCUCCUCAAAUAACUAGAACAUAAUGUAAUAUUAUUAUUUUAUGAUGAAUUAGCAAUAAAUAAAUAAGUUAAGAGAAAGUUAUUAAUGACAGAUAAAGAAAAUGAUAACUUAGGUAAUUGUUACAGCAGCAUAAAAAAGAUUAGAUAGAAUGAAAAUUUUCUAGAAGAAUAAGAAUUUUUGAUUUAUUUCAAAGAGCAAUGCAUAAAAGAGUUUUUAGACAAAUAAAUGGAAAGAGAAUAAGAUUUAUAUAAUUUAUGGUAAAAGAUGUAAAAUAAGAGUUUGGAGAAGUGUUAGUAAUUAUAAGAAACAAUAGAUUUAGUCUGUUCUUAGAUGGAUGCUUAUAAAUAAUAAUAUUAUUAAGAUAUUAAACUCUAUACUGAUGCAAUUUAAUCACUUGAAAUUAGAUUAUCAAAAUAUAAGAUUGGUUUUCAACAUAUUUUAUAAAAUAGUAGCAAUUAAAUUGAAAUGAAUAGUAUUAUUCAAAUAGCAAAGAGUUUGAAUACUGAAUUUAAUAAUGUGAAUGAUAUGGAUAAAUUAAUUGAUGUCUUAAUGGAAUUUAAUUAGACAAGCCAGAAAUUUAAUAUAAGUCUUUAAAGUAAUUAAAAUAUUAAGAUUUAAAAUAUGUAAAAUUAAAUUGAAGAAUUAGAAUAGUAAAAGAAAGAAUAUAAUGAUAUUAAAAUACAAAGAUAAGAAUUAUUAGAAUUAAGUUAGUAAAUGAAUAGUAAAAUAAUAUAACAAUCAAAUUAGAUUGAAGAAAUGAAUUAAUAAAUAGCUUCUCUUACUUAAUUAUUUGCUAAGUCUUUAUAAGAUUUAGAAAGAAUAUAAGGUGAAAAUGAAACAUUAAGAAAAUCUUAUAAUUUUAAUACUAAUUUCAGUAAUACUGUAACAAGCAGAACUUAAGAGGGAAGUGUUAGUUUAAAGAAUCAUUUUAUUGCAAAUAGAUAUUCAACAUAUAUUCCAAGAGAAAGUUUUAGUUGUAAGAAUUCUUAUCGUAUGGAUCAAAGAUAAACAAAUUUCAGUUCAGACUUUAAAAAAUAAUAACCAAAUUAUGAACUUGAUGAUAUCUGUUGUUUAUUAGAUUAAUUACUUAAUCAAGGUUAUUCAAAUAACACUCUUGAUUUCAUUAACAAUGUAAAUUAAUGAAUUUAAUGAUAGUUUCAAUGUUAGUGUGGCAAUUUCAAAAUUUAGAUGCUAUGGUAAAAACUAAAAGAUUUCUUAAUAAUUGUUUACUAUUCAUAUAAUUAAUAAGACGAUAUCUUUAUAUCAUUAAACAAAUUUAUUUGCGAUCUUAAAUUACCAAUUAAUUAAUUUGAAUUAAUUGUUGAAGAUGGCUUAUAAUAAACAACUAGUAAAUUAGAAUCAAAUUCUAUUUUAUUAUGUUAAUUAUUACAUCGAUUAAUAUCUGAUAUUCAUGAUAUGAAAUCAUCUUAAACAUUUAUUUUUGAAUCUAAUUUUAAGGGAGAAUCUUAAAAAGAUUAUUCAUAAAGUAUUAUGUAAGAAUUGACCAAUCUAUCAAAACAAUUAAUUCACAUCUGUUAAGAAAAUGAUGAUAUUAUAGUCUUACAAAUUGAAAGAUAGAUUGAAAUACAAGAAUAAUUAAAACUUUAAAGAAAUAAACAAUUAAGGGAUAUUUAAACUAGUACUUGUAAGAUUUUAAUGGAAUUAUUUAAAGAAUGGAAAUAAAAUUAUCUAAACAUUUCAUAAAUCUUAUUAAUUUUAUGUAAGGGUUGGCAAUAAUUAUAAUAAUAAAAAUAGGAUAGAGUUUUAGAUGGAAUAUUGAAAAAUGUGCAUGAUGAAAUAAAAUAAUUAUAAAAAUCCAAUUUAGGAUAAAUUAUUAGUUAAGAAUUGAAAACAUUUUCAUUUAUAUAUAAAAAAUGA